UGCAUUCAGAAGCUCUUUCAUUUAUUUAUCAAAAGCAAAUACGUUCCCGCCAUUUCUUGCAUCAGCGAAAAGUAAACCCUAGAUUGACAGAGGGAGAGAGAAGGAGAGAGAGAGAGGAACAUGGAAGAGAAGAUCAAAGCAGAGUUCUUGAAGAGCGGGUUCACUCUUGAAGACGAAGAAGAGAUACUCAAGAAAUGCCGUGCUUUCUGUCUAAAUUACAGUCUCGAACCUUCAGAUCUCGUCUCAAGCUGGGAGGUUUAUUAUCUCAAUCGACAACUUGAUGAAUCAGUUGUAAAGGAUGCAGACAUGUACGGGUUUUUAGGGCACCUGCAGGAUGAGCAAGUAGAGGCGGUUGUUAAAAGGGAGCCGGGUUUGCAUAUGUACUCUUUUAAAGACGUGGACAUGAUUUUAAAUGAUGAAGGAGAAGAUUCAAAUGAAGUUGUUCUUGGAACUCCAUCAGACAAAUCUGAGAUACUCCAUUUGGAUGAAUAUAACUCCGCACAAAAAACAAAUGGGAACAUUUGUUCUUCUGGGAGGAUAUCAAAACUAGUGACACCGUUUGGUAAACGGAGUAAUAAAUUUGUGGUGAAGUUAAAAAUUGAUAAUCUUCCUACAACGGAGACCAUGAAUGGCAUGCAUCAUCAUGAGAAUCUUGAGGAUGACAUUAUUAAAAGGAUUCAACCGAAUAAAAGCUAUUCAUUGGUGGUCCACAGAUCAUGGCUAGAACCAGGUUGCAGAUUCAUAUAUGACAGGAUUGAAGACAGGUUCAAUGCACUUGAAAACCGCAUUAGAAAUCAUGCAGCUGCACUUGUUGCAUCUGGGCUCUACGAGGAACCAGUGGAUCCAUCAGUUGCUUCACAGAAGAGCAUAUUUGCUGUUGGAAUGAUCUGCUGUGAUGGUGAGGGUCAUUUAAAUGAUAAGUCCAUAUUGUUACAAAGCAGUGUUGAGCAUUCUGGAGGGCAACGUGUUCGACUAGAGUUAAAUAAACUGAGCCAUUUCUCUGUUUUUCCAGGCCAGGUUGUAGGCAUCAAAGGUCACAAUCCUAGUGGGCAUUGUUUGAUUGCAUCAGAGCUGGUAGAUUCUGUUCCUUUGUCCUUUGCUGCUGAUACAAAUUUGCGUCCUGCAAAGAAGCAAGCUUUAGAUGAGGAGAUUCAGGCAACAAAAUUUCCCAGCUCACCAACAGAGAUAACAUUGAUUAUUGCAGCUGGCCCAUUCACUACUACGGAAAACUUAUUAUUUGAGCCUCUGAAAGAACUGCUCACCUACGCAACCAGAAAGUGCACACAGUUGCUUAUACUGUUAGGACCUUUUAUCGAUUCUGAACAUCCACAGAUCAAGAAAGGAACUGUUGAUCUGAGUUUUGAUGAAGUAUUCCGAUUGGAGGUUCUUAGGAUGGUGCAAGAUUAUUUGGGAUACAUGGGAUCCAAUGCACAGGUGGUUAUCAUUCCAUCUGUACGGGAUGCAAAUCAUGAUUUUGUUUUCCCUCAGCCUGCUUUUGAUCUUGAUCCACUUGAUAUUAAACAUCAGAUAACCAGUCUCACAAAUCCAGGGAUUUUUGAGGCAGAUGAGGUCAAGAUAGGUUGCUGCACUGUAGAUAUUCUCAAACAUCUUAGUGGAGAGGAGUUGUCACGACAUUCAGUGGAUGGAACACCUAGUGAUCGCUUGAGUAGACUUGCCAGUCACAUUCUUAGCCAACGUAGCUUUUAUCCACUAUAUCCACCAGCAGAAGGUGUUCCAUUGGAUUUCUCCCUGGCCCCUGAAGCUCUUAAUAUUUCUUCAGUUCCGGAUCUUCUCAUCUUACCUUCAGACAUCAAAUACUUUGUCAAGGUGGUAUCUCUUGGGGGAACAAGUGAAGGGGAAGAACAAAUGAAAAAAUGUGUUUGUAUUAACCCAGGAAGACUGGCCAAGGGAGAGGGUGGAGGCACGUUUGUAGAGCUCAAAUACCAAGGGAGUCCUGAUAAGAUGAAUGCUUCAAUUAUUGGCAUAUGAGUCUUGAUAUUCUUUCAAUGCAAGAGAUAUCCUGAACAUGCAGAUAGAUAUGGUAUUGGUCCACCAUAUUGGGGAAUCAAUUGCCCUAGGGAAGCAAAAAAGGCAAAGUUCGCGGAUUAACGGAUCUGAGUUCAAGUACAGAAAAAGUGGGAUGGGAUGAUAGACUUGUCCCUACCGUUUUUGAUGUAUGUUCAUGUAUGAUGUAACUGUCUUAUGUACUUUUGUUAGCUCAAACCAGGUGGAGAACCCAUUGGUUUUGUUCUAUAAUUGUAAUUAUCUACAUUUCAUUAGAGCGCUUAA